CCACUCUGAAAAAGUGACAAACAUGCGCUGGUACAAACCCCAACCGAGCUUUCUGUAGCAACACCGCUUCUAUCUAUCGCCCAGACCUUCUUUUGACAACACAGGAAUACAUCCCAUCGAGACGUGAGCUUAGGUUCGCCAUUGACCUAUUUUACUCCAAGCUGAGCGGCACAUCGUGCAAGCAAUGACGGGACUUUCAUGAGAUAAUCGUUUCAGCUCAAUCAAAUUGCACCCCUCGGUAUUAAUCAUCGCGAUCCGCCAAAAAGAUUCGAUACUCUCAAUCAAGCUAGAAUUUCAUGACAUGUAAUGAUUCAUCUAUGUAUUCUCGAGCAGCAGAUCAUGCUACUCUCCCUCGGUAUUUUCACGAGUGGCCUGCUGAAUACGAUGAUUAUGUGGAUCAAUAGUAACUUGCAUUACUAUCGGAUGCAUGAAGUACCGGCACUGUACGUCUAAAUUGACUCGUUGGCUGCGAAUUACCUUGUGGUAUUUGUCAUCAUGUGGCCAUUAUUUCUGUGGCUUCUUUUGGUUCACGUUGGAUAAUCAUGUAUGCACUCUCGAGUCGAAGUUGUGUUGUUAUUGUUUCGCGCUACCAGUUGCCUCACAAUGAUUUUUGCUGUUAUUGUACUACUGAACGAAGUCUUUUCUCGUCGGUCUAUGAUAGCAUUGGGAGUAAUGGUCUACAGGUUAUUGGGACUGCUCUACUCGUAGGUUGUACCUAUUUUCAAGUGGUAUCGUGCUAAACUGUGCGCAAAAGGCAUUGUAACGUUUCUGUCUCAUUUUAUGCGAGAGUUACUGUUAAAUACGUUACCUAUAGAGUGGCUUGCCGAUCCAAGCUUUACUGAUAAAAUAACUCCGUAUUUGUCAUUUUCAUUGCCAUUAUCCAGAGCAGAGCAAAUGAGGGUGCUGGAGCAAUCGCCUCCCGAGUCGCAACUGAUGAUGACGAGUUGGGUCUUUUACCAUUAUUGCUGAGCUCAAUUCAGAAAAUAAUACUUGUAAAAAGCAUUGACUGUGAUUUUGAAGUCGAUGGAACGCAACUAAGUGACAUAACGCUAGCAAAGCAGGAGAGUGAGGGAAAUUUUCAAAUGCAGCCCUUCACUAUCUUGAGUCUCCAUUCAACACAGGCUUUGAUACUCAUCGCCCUGAUGUCGUACAAACAUUUAAGUAGAAAUUUCACGUGAUCAAUGACAUCAUGACGUCAAGGAUGUGGAAUCUCAGCAAGAUCAUUUUGGUUAAACUACCGACUGCAAGGAUGUUACGUCGAACUGCCGCAAUCUCAAGCGCUUUAUUAGUGAUGCAAUUGCAUGCUUUUAAAAAUAGUCGUAGAGCUUUUGUUAUCUUCGUUCACUUCAUCGCUUCGGCAUUGAGUUCGCACAUUUCCUGCGACUUGUGCAAUCCAACACAAUCGACACAAAGGAAGCAGCAGUACGCAACGUCACGAUCUUUUCAUUCGCCGAAUACCCUAUCAAGCAUAAUGUGCUUGUGUGCACGCUACAAAAUUCUUACACUUUCCAAGACAUUUUUUUCUAAAGCAUCAAGAAAUCACGUUACCGUAAAGUAUCAAUGCAAUAAAUUGUAAAAUGUCUGUAAAUUGAAAAGAGUAUUUAUGCAUUCCAUCUUAUGGAAAAAAAUUGUCAACUUAUAACAACUCGACUUAGACGACUGACAAUCUACACGCUGCAUAAUUACAGCCU